UGACUUGUGAAUUGUGAUGCCAUGUGUCAUAUGAAAAAUUUAUGGUUUGUAUUUUUUAAAUACUAAGUAUAGAUAUAGAUAUAGAUAAUAAAUUAAUUUGAGCAGUUUCCUCUUUUUUGUUCUUUGUUAAAACCCUGUAAAACCCUUUCCUCAUUCCCCACCCCCGAACCAAUACUUUGCAACCUUGCAGCUCCUCUACCAUGGCUGGCUCAACAUCAACUAACAACGAUUCAAUGAAGAAGAAAAAGAGGAAACUCGCAACUUCCCAAGACUUACCUAAACCCUCUAAAACACCUCGCAAAUUAAACAAUACAAAAGAUGAAGAACAAUGCACAGUUGCAGAGACGCAGAAGCUGGAAAAAGUGGAGGUUGAUGAAGAAAUUCCGGGGAUUUUUGUAGGGCCGCACUUAUGGAGGAAUUUAGACCUCGCUUUGGCAAUUCAAAACAAUGAACUCAAUGAACACAAGAAGGUGGAGUUAAUGUUUGAGUUUGUGAUUUCGAGGGCCGGUAAAGGAUAUGAUGACUCUGAGAAGGAGUCCAAUACAUUGAGUAUUUCAAGAUUAAUAGAACGCAUUAGUGAUCGGAUUCAGUCAUUGUUGAUCACCUCUGCAAAGAAAAUUAGGGCCGGAGAAAAGGAGUCCGAGGGGCCACAUUUUUUCAUGGAUUGUAGAUGCUGGGAGAUACUCAAGUUUUGCUUGAAGGAGUCUGAAAGGCUGCAUGUUUCAUUAAGAUUAUCACGGGAUCUAUUAAGGGUUAUUUCAUGUGUGGCUAAGAGUGUGUUGCAUUCAUUUAAUAUUGCAGACGCAGAUGUCAUGGAACCCACUUUUACUAAUGUAGAAAUGAUAUUAUUUAACACUAUAAUUGACUGCUUAAAGUUGAUAUUUUCCUCCAAUUGCCGAUUGUUGAAUGAAAAUCUCGAUCUGUGGGCAGUGGCUGUUAGCUCGGUGCUUGAACUUGUUAUUAGAAUGUAUGAUGACAUUAGUCAAGAUAGUGGUGUGCGAAACUUGAUCACAGAAUUCUCGUGUUUGGUGCUUGAGCCGUUCUCCAAGUUCCUGAGGUUGCACCCUUGCCGCAAAAAUGGAUUUCGUGAUUUUGUAGAUAAACUCCUUGAAUCAUUGUUGCACCUGCUUGGUUUGUUGCAUGAUCAGAUCAGGGACAGAAGUCCUGCUCUGGUGAAAAAUUUAGUCAAGCUGGCAGAGGAGAUUCUUUCUUAUGGAUUGUUUCAUUCAAUUCACCUUGAUGAAUAUCUUAGCUUAAACGUCACAGAUAGGUACAGUUCAGCUGAUCAAAAACUGGAAAGUGCAAGAACGGCCAUCAAAAGCUAUCACAGACACCUUUUUGACAAAGUGGAAAAUCUUGUUUCCGAGAGAAAGAUACAGGCUUUGUCUGGUAUAGGAGAAUUGUUUCGUUUGUUUGUUAUUAGUGUUAAAAAAUUGAAGAGGGAUUCGCAGGAUUCUGGAAGUUUGAGGACCAUUGAAACUCAAGAUAAAAAGCAUCCUUCAAAGGCUAGUAAUUUGGCCUCAGAGAAGAGUCAUACGUCUUCGACUUCUGCCUCAGAAACAAGGAAGUCGUUUUUCGAUUUUUUUGUGCUUACCAUGGAGCCGUUGUUACUUGAUCUUAGUAAGAAUCUCCAGUCUCACCUUCAAUCUGGAACCUCCUUACUGAAUGUUUACCACACUCUCAAAUCUGUAAAUAGGAUUUUGUCUAGCAUGGUGUGUGAAAGCGCCUAUCUUAGAACAGAGGAUAGUUCUGGAGGGGCUUGUCUGAAUUUCUUCAAGAUAAGCUAUGGUCUAUUGAUGUCGUGUUAUGCUGAAUUUAAUCCAUUCUUUCUGUCAACAUGGAGCUUAGUUAGUUUUGUGGAAGUUGAAACAUUGAACUCAUUGGCCAAAGAGUUCAUUCUUGUAGUUGGAAACUUCCUUGAUAUUGAGUAUGGAGUCAUUGGUGAUGACUUGGUUAGCAUAUGGCUUAUGAUUCUCACCUGUUUAGCAUCAGAACAUUCUUCAGAAAAUGUGUCACAACACUGCAAGUUGUAUCCUGUGACAGUUGACCUUGGAUGCCGACUAAUUAAUCUCUAUAGCGAGCUUCGCCAGGUGGAUCGUGCUGUUUUUGCACUGUGUAAAGGACUGAGGCAUAUAUCAUUUUAUCAAGGAGAUGUUGACAUCUCCUCCCUACAUUAUGAUAAAUUUUCCAAAUCAGGUUGUUUGCUAUUGUUUUCUCAAAAGUUUAGGCUUGCUAUUUGCAAUGUGAUUAAAUCUAUACCUGAAGGUCAGGCUGUUGAUUUUGUUCAAAUUUUGUCUGCUGACGUAUUGGAUUGUUUGGAGUGGAUGAAAGUUGGCAACUCUGUGGUAGAUGAAUAUGAAGUUGGAGAUGUUCAUUCUUGUAGAAUCAGCGCUCAAGCAAAAAUUUUGGGUGUGGUCUUGUCUGAAAUUUAUACUCUAGUCCUGGAUUCACUCUCAGUUUCUGCCGGUUACAGUUACCGUAUGGGGGAGUCUAUAGAGGAGCUGAUAGUGGUUUUACGUCCCAGCAUGAGGCAUUUGACUACCCUGGAGCAAGAUGGUUCUGAUGAGUUUGUUUUCUCAGUGCUGGGAAUAACUCAAAAUAAGAAUGUGGAAUGCAAAAAUGAUUUAUUAAAUAAAGUUUCCUUGUAUCUCCAAUUCUUCUUUCGCGUGUAUGUAUCCUGUCGAAGCUUGUAUCGCCAAACAUUGAGCCUCAUGCCUCCUGAUUCAUCAAAAAAGAUGUCAAAUGUGAUGUCUGACUUUUAUACAGCUUAUUCUGGCAAAAAUUGCAUGGAGAGGACAAAAUUUAAAGAUAAAGGAUAUUUUUCUUGGGUCAAAUCUUCAGUUUCUCUUCUUAGUAUCAUGCAACAUUUAAGGGAUAAUAUUUUCCAAGAAGGUUCCACAGAUUACUGUUGUUUGAUUUAUGUAAUGCAUAUGAUGGCUUUACAAAGACUUGUUGAUCUAAGUAGGCAAAUUCAUUGUGUAGAGUAUCAUUUGUGGUGUAGUGAGAAUGGAAGAAAUGGCAAAUCGGCGGAUGAUGCUGAUAAAUCACUUCUAUGUAAAGAUGAAGGAAAACAAGAGAAGUUGGAGAAAUUUUUGUCGGCUUUAAAGCAAGAAACAUCUGGUCUAACGAAUUUCAUCAUGAAAUAUCUUUCCACAGUGGACGAGAAUGAACAGCCUACCUUCAUUCCUAGUGGAGCAGCUAGUCCAGCCCCACAGUAUGUGCUCUUUGACUCUUGGGAUUUGGGUGUCUGUACAGUGAAUGAAAAAACAUUACCUACUGCAAUCUGGUGGAUUAUUUGCUACAAUAUUGAUUUAUGGUGCCAUUAUGCUACUAAGAAGAAGUUGAAGUUGUUCCUUUCACUUUUAAUACUAAAUUCACUUCCAUAUAGAAGAUUUGGGGAGUUCGAGAAGCAGUAUGAAAAUUAUGCCGGCGAGGCAAUGAAAGUUACCAAGCAUCAAAUUUCACAGGAACUUCUUCGUGAUACCAGUUUCUAUGAUCAAAGAUUUGUGCGCAGGUAUAUGCCAUCAAGGGUUUGCCAUGUUUUAAAGAAGUGUAUAUCUCGGUUAUUUAAUGAUUCGACAAACGCUGGUGCUGAACUUGGUUCCUCUGAUUGGACCUAUGCUCUUGGUGUGCUUCAGAACUCUGCCCUAUUUGCGAGGGACAAACUGAUUACUUCUUGUCGUGGUCAUGGUGAUUUAGUCAAUAAACAAAGUGACGAAGGAACGUCAUUUACUCCAACCAAUGACCCUCUUGCUGGUUGUCAAAGUGUGCUGAACCUCUUGUGCAAGAUGUGUGAGAUUACAUUAAGCUUCAAAUCUUUCUCACACUCUGUGAUUUACUUAAUUAACUUUGAAAGGCUCAUAAUUGGCUGCUUACUAGGUACUCACAGAUCACCGUAUGUUCAUGACCAUCAUGAGUUCCUUCGACUACUGGUUUCAUGUCGCCGAGCUUUAAAAUAUAUAUUAAUGGCAUUCUGCGCGGAUAAAGCAGAAAAUUGUAUUCCCACAAAUAUUCCAAUACUGUCAGAGGUUCCAUCAUCUAUUCAUUGGCUGUUGGAAUCUGUGAAGAUUGUCAGUACAUGGUGGAGUACAUUGUCAUCACAGAACAGUAGUAACUGUAGUGAUUUGAUUGUUUCACUGAGGGAUCAGACUUCAUAUGUGUUUGUCACUCUGUGCAAGCACCAAUUUUAUACAGCAAUUCAAUCAAUUGCCAGUCCCACAAGCACUGGAAAGUCUGGUUCUAAUUGUGACGACAAUCUUUCAAAUGAAUUUAAUUUUUCUGAGAAAUUAUCAAAUGAUGUCGAAGUUUGCAAAGGUGUGAUUAUGAUGGUUGAGGUAUUGGAGGAAGAGACAAAAAAAUCCCUUCUUUCUCUGAAAGAGGCCUUCAGUGAUGGAGAUAUGGAGGUAGAUGGUCGACCUGUAGAUUUGAGUAAAUUGUCCUCUGUUAUAUCUUGCAUUCAAGGAUUGCUAUGGGGAUUGGAGUGCGCUUUGAAUGAUACCCUUGCUAGUGGUGAUGAUUUGAAAGUAAAAGUGAUGAAGAGUAAAGACAACAUCAUGUCUAGAGUAGUCAGUUUUAUGAAUCUUGUUAUGGAGCUCAUAGGUAAGUCCUCUCGGAUUUUUCUUCACAACAAUCACCCAAUCAAAAUGUCUGAUGGCCAGGGGCAGCUUAAGAAUGGAAUUGAUACUGAACUUGAGAAUCAAAUUGGGAAUUCAGGUUCUGAGUUGACGACCUUGGCUACAUGUGAUCUUUCAAAUGGUUUUGUUUCUAGUCGAAAGAAGAAAAGGUUGAAGUCAGAUAAUUCUCACUCCGUUGUUGCAGAAUUUAGCUCGUUCAAUUACAACUGUCUAAAAAUUGAUUUGUUGGGGAGCUUCUUAAAAGGCCAGAAUCUAGAGGCAGCAUUUUUCUUGAGAGGUUUAUUUAUUGUUUCUUCAGCAAUUGUGAGACUAAGCGUGCUGAUUGAUUUUCCUUCCUUGUCGCCUAACUUGGUUCAAAAUUUUCUUGGAUGCUCUGAAGUAUUGUUGACAAAAUUCUCGGAAAUGCUUGAUUUUCCAAGUUCAUCUUCUUUUGUUUGGUUGGAUGGUUCUGUUAAGUUUCUGGAGGCAAUAGGGAGUUUAUUUGCAUCAACUAGUUCCAUCGCAACUAGAAAUGUCUACACCAAAUUGGUAGAGUUGCACUUGAAAGCUAUUGGAAAAUGCAGUUCUUUACAAGGAAAAGGAGCUAGGCUAGCUUCUCAUAUUGGGUCAAGUGCCAAGAUAUAUACUGAAGGAAGAGAUUAUGAAUCAACUGUCAGUGACCCUCUCUAUGGUUUAGACAAUCUCAAAGCAAGGUUGAGGAUGUCUUUCAAAUCUCUCAUUGAGAAGCCAUCGGAACCACUCCUAUUAUCUGCUUUGCAAGCUCUAGAACGAGCACUAUUCGGUCUACGAGAAGGAUUUCCAGUAAUCUAUGAGGUAAAAAAAGAUGGUACUGCCGGAGGUAGAGUCUCUGCGAUGGUUGCAGGCUCUGUUGAUUGCUUGGACUUGCUUCUUGAAUUCUAUAAAGGGAAAAACCAAUUGAAUGUCAUUAGAUCGCAGAUCAAUAGCCUUUUUUCAUCAUUAUUUAAUAUUAUUGUACACCUACAAGGGCCCUCAGUAUUCCACACAAAACCAAACAGUGUUGCAGUAAAUAAGAAUCCUGACUCGGGGUCCAUGGUUCUCAUGUGUGUUGAGGUAUUAACCAGGAUUUCUGGAAAACGUUCUCAAUUUCACCUAGAUUCCCAUCAUGUGAGACAGUCUUUGCGUAUACCAGCAGCACUUUUCCAAGGCUUUUGCUUCAUCAAAGCAGGCAAAGAUUCUCAUCAAAAUUCUAUUAGAUUGGACGGCAAAGAGUGUGAAGAAAUUGAAAGUUACUUUUCGGUUGACAGGCAGUUCUCAGUUAACUUAUAUGCGGCAUCUUGUCGUUUGUUGUGGACAGUUGUUAAACACCGCAAUAGUGAAUGUAUACAGUGUAUUGCUGAACUUCAAAUUUCACUUCAAGCACUCCUCUAUUGUCUGGAGAUUAUUAACUUUGACUCAGAAGACCGAAAGGCUUACUUUACUUGGGUUUUGGAAGAUGGUGUAAAAUGUGCCAGUUAUCUGAGAAGGGUUUAUGAAGAGAUUGGACAGCAGAAGGAUAACUUAGGUCAACACUGCUUUAUGUUCUUAUCAGAAUACAUAAAGGUUUAUUCAGGCUAUGGUCCACUGAAAAUGGGAAUCAAAAGGGAAGUUGAUGAAGCCCUUAGGCCAGGUAUCUAUGCUUUGCUAGAUGUUUGCUCAGCGGAUGACCUUCAGCAUCUUCAUACUAAAUUUGGAGAGGGUACUUGCAGAAGCACCUUGGCAAGUUUGAAGGAUGAUCACAAACGUCAACAGUAUGAAGGAAAAGUGUGACGAAGGAGACAGCAUUCUGUAUUAUCCAUCUCUAAUAUGAUUGCCGUUGUCUACAUGAUGCUACGGCAACAAUUUUGAAGCCUUGCGUUAUGCAUACUAGAUGCACCUAGCUGCACACAAAUCUUGUGGCGGCAAUAGAAAAGCACAGUAUCAGCUCUCUUAUCGAAGUCCUCAUUGAUGCACUGCAGGCCACAACAACGAACAGAUUCAGCUGAGACGAAUUGCUUUCAAGACGGCUAGCUGUGCUUGUCUCAACGAGAACGAUACCGUGGGAAAAGAUGGGGGGUUUUAGGAAAAUAGUUCAAUAAUUUAUAGUCAGGAACACAGCUUUUUCAAAUUGUUACAGUUAUUUUAGCAAAUCAUAGUUUUCACAUUAAUUACAUAGGCAAUCUGAUUGGAUAAUACGAAGUAUGACACUAAUAACGACACAAUAUAGUGGCACAUAUAUUAAUUUAAUGAUCAAAGAAGUCCAAUCAUUUUGGCCCAA